AUGGGUCGAGGCUCGUCUUUGUUCAAACACAUGCUUCAGGUGGAUUUCGAGGAAAUCCGACAAAAGGGCACGCCUGCAGCAAAGGAAGUUAUUAAACGGGUAACCGAAGCCGGACUUGAGUAUUUUCUCGGCGGUCCCUUUAUUCUAUAUAGAGAAGCGGUUGAAGAAUUCUUCAACACCGCAACUCUAUCUAGCGACAAGAUCACCGCGACUAUUCUCUCAGCAACCAAGGAACCGGUGAAAGUAUCCGGUAAGAAAGCGACACUACGCCCGGAGUACAUACCUCUUUGUGACAUCUUCACAAAGUCGGUUCAGGCGAGAGGUGGAAAUUACAACAGCCUCACCAAGGCCAAGAUCGAGAUGCUAGUCGGUUUGAUAGAAGGUGGCCGAAAGAAGAAACCUGCCGCCAAGAAACCGGCCCCAGCAAAAGAAAAGUCCGAAAGCAAGGACAAGGAGAAGAUAGUAUUCUCGGAUGAGGAAGAAUCGGCUUCCACGUCUGACCGAACCGAGUCACAGAAAACCGGGGAAAAUCCUUCCGAUAGAGAAGGACCGAAUGAAGAAGAACAUUCGGGUACAAGUCCUGAUAAUACCGGUGUUGGCGCAAGUGUUGAGAACGCCGAGGCCGAUGCAGACAGCAGUGAGGAGGAGGAGGCUUCCCCUGAUAACGACCAGAUGAAGGCCGAUAUUAUAGCGUGCCGGAUCCUGGAGGACAUUGAACUGCGAGUUCAGGCGGUUGGCGCAUUAUACCGGGAAUGUCACGAGUACCGAUUCGACAAAGUUUUCAAACACAUGUUACCGGGCCUAACCGACGAACAAUGUUUCAUAAGGCUGAAGGAGAUAGAGGAAACAGUCAUGAGCCUCACAAACGCCGAAACCCUUCACGAAGCCUUGGACCGAUGCACCAUCGUGAGACCGCGAGCUCGGCUACAAAAGCUAACCGUAUGUAUCCGGAAGAUUAAGGAAAGGUACGUCGAGGGAACACCGGAGGCUAACUUACAGGUCUUGGUGUUAGAAAAACUUGAGAUAGCGAAAGGAGAAUUCGCAGAAGAAAUUGAUCGGCUUGAGGCGGUAGUCAGACAGCGAGAAAAACCGCACUCUCCAGCUCCUGAGACCGAUGACGGUCAGAAUCAUGAAGAAAGGGUCAAGACCCUUAUUCAAGAGUUUGCAGACUCAACGGUUCACCCAUUAGAGGAGAAAAUCAAGAAAACCGUGCGCCUGGCACUCCGAUUUGUCGAAAAGACAAGGAAUGAUCAGGUAAAGGCAGAGAACCGGAUCACAGCCAUCGAAGCUGACUACCGGGACGAAACAGUUGUGCGCAACAAUCUUCUUCAACAAACCAAGGCCUUGGAAGAUAAGACCUCCGGCAUAGUAGAUGACUUGGAUCGGCUUGAAAGGCAAACCGAGCAACGCUUAACAGAGGUCACUGAGGACCUAGUCGGCUCAACACUUGACAGGGUCUCAGAACUGGAAAAGAAGAAUGCGAGCCUUGAAGACCGCAACAACAAGCUUGAAGCCGACUUUAAGGCGCUAACCGAACAAGUCAAUGAGCUGAUAAACGCCAAGAUCAAUGCUGACAUAGCGGUUGAGGAAGCCAACGCUCGAGCAGCUAAGGAAGUCCAGGAUGCGCUGGACGAAGAAGCAAGAAUAGCAAAGGAGCCACCGCGACUUACUGAAAAAGAAAUAGCCGAACGUGCACGAAACACAGCGGCUAGAUAUCCCGGACUUGCAAAGUCCAUAGCCGCUCAAGCUGCGGAGGAUGCAAAGCGGUUAAAUACUGAAAGAGAAAGACUUGAGGAAUUUGCAACCGCUCACAAGAAGAAAAAGGCGGCCCCUCCCUCUUCGGUUCCGGCAAAACGGAAAAGGAAAACAUCAAAGAAGGCUCAAGUAGCCGGGCUGCUGGAAAGGAUCACUGAAACGGUUAUUGAAAAUCAACCGGACCUGGCUACUCACACUGAAGAUGAAGAUGAAGAGCAACUAGAGCGGCGUUCUACAAGACAACGAGUCUCCGAUACGGCCAGUCAACCGCAACCGGCUAAGAGAAAACGGACCAAGGAUAUGAUGGACGGCUUCAAUUUCUCCGACUUAGAAUAG